GCAAGGACCAGCCCUCUCCUGGGACCCCUUUGUUCGCGGCCCAGACGCCGACACCUCCGCAUCCCCAAGGGCUCGACCGCCCGCGUCGGCGCAGCUCCGGGGGCAGAGCUCAGGACACCAGAGGGGAGGGGGCGCCGCGGCCGGCCGGGGCCUGCAGCCUCGGGUCCCUCCCGACAUGUCGCGCUCCUUCUAUGUCGACUCCCUCAUCAUCAAGGACUCUUCGAGGCCCGCGCCCUCGCUGCCCGAACCGCACCCGGGGCCGGAUUUCUUCAUCCCGCUGGGCAUGCCAUCUCCAUUGGUGAUGUCGGUGUCCGGGCCGGGCUGCCCGUCCCGCAAAAGCGGCGCUUUCUGCGUGUGCCCGCUCUGCGUCACUUCGCACCUGCACUCCUCUCGCGCGCCCGCGGGCGCUGGUGGCGGAGGCGCAGGGGCCGGGGGUACAGGGGUCGGUGGCAGCGGGGCUACAGAGGGCACCGGGACCCUGCCUCUGCUCAAGAGCCAAUUCUCUUCGGGCCCCGGCGACGCGCAGUUUUGCCCACGGGUGAGCCACGCGCACCAUCACCAUCACCAGCCCCAGCAGCAUGGGUCGGCGGCGGCGGCGGCGGCGGCGGCGGCGGCGGCGGCGGCCGCCGCAGCUGCCCUGGGGCACCCACAGCACCACGCACCUGUUUGCGCUGCCACCACCUACAACGUGGCGGAUCCGCGGAGAUUCCACUGCCUCACCAUGGGAGGUUCCGACACCAGCCAGGUGCCCAACGGCAAGAGAAUGAGAACAGCGUUCACCAGCACACAGCUCCUGGAGCUGGAGCGGGAGUUCUCUUCCAACAUGUAUCUGUCUCGCCUCCGGAGAAUCGAAAUCGCUACCUACCUGAACCUGUCGGAAAAGCAGGUGAAAAUCUGGUUUCAGAACCGCCGGGUGAAGCACAAAAAAGAGGGGAAGGGCACACAGAGGAACAGUCACACGGGCUGCAAGUGCGUCGGGAGCCAAGCGCACUACGCGCGCUCAGAGGAUGAGGACUCCUUGUCGCCAGCAUCCGCUAACGAGGACAAGGAGAUUUCCCCCUUAUGAGGGCUCCGCCGCUCAAACCACCUGCUCUGCCAGGCCCCCUCCCCACCCCGGCACCUUCGUCGCACCUUCGGAAGGAACCUGGCGUCCUGGGGAAUUCAGAGCUGGGCCUAACCCUUCAGGUCUCCUUCUUGACCUUGUUUAUUUGGAGCUCCAUUUGGAGUUAUAGAUCGUUUUUUAAAAAUGUAAAUAAUCUAGAAUCCAACUCAGUCUUAUAUAACAGGAAAAACAGGGUUGUUUUAAGUUUAACACUGUAUGGGGUUUUUGAAAGCGCAUGUUAUUUUUCCACCCCUGUCUUUCAGAACUUGAUGACAGCAUGGGGUUUCUUCAUUUUUGUUGUUAUUUUGAAGUGAAAUCACUGAAUUUGCCAACAAUUUAGAAAAUUAAACCCUGUAGGUCUUGCUUUCUGAAAAUUUGCCUGGGGAGAAUUUUAAAUCCAAGUCACUGGAAGUCCCUUUGU